GGCUAACUUGUUAGCCCCGGAGAGGCUAAUUGGCAGCGAACAGGUCUGGCCAGUGCGCAUCACAGCAUAGAGAAGCUGCUGUCUUCAGCAAAAUGGCCGACAGGUUCUCUCGGUUCAACGAAGAUCGUGAUUUCCAGGGCGGGAAUCACUUUGACCAAUACGAAGAAGGCCAAGUGGAUGUGGAGCAGGCGUCCUUGGACAAGCCCAUUGAAUCGGACAACAUCGGGCACCGGCUGCUUCAGAAACAUGGCUGGAAGUUGGGGCAAGGCCUUGGCAAAACCAUGCAGGGACGCACGGACCCCGUGCCUAUCAUUCUUAAAUAUGAUGUCAUGGGGAUGGGACGAAUGGAGAUGGAGAUGGACUAUGCAGAGGAUGCCACAGAGAAAAGACGAGUCCUUGAAGUGGAGAAGGAAGAGACAGAAGAACUACGGCAAAAGUACAAGGAUCAGAUGGAGAAAGAGAAAGCCAUCGCAAAAGCUUUGGAAGACCUGAGGGCGAACUUCUACUGCGAGCUAUGUGACAAGCAGUACACCAAACACCAGGAAUUUGACAACCACAUCAACUCCUACGACCACGCCCACAAGCAGAGGCUAAAGGAGCUGAAGCAGCGAGAGUUUGCACGGAAUAUGUCACGUUCUCGAAAAGGUGGGAAGAAGAAGAAAAUGCAGCGCCGUAUGCAAGAGCUGGCUGAGCAGAGAAAACAGCAGGACCAAACUCCGGGAAGUGGUCCCAUGUUUAAAACCACCACGGUGGUUGUGGACGGCAAGAAGGCAAAAGACGAAGACAUCUUUGCCCCCGAGAGCACCGCUCCCCUGCGAGCGAUCGCCACAGAGAUCCCUGUUCCAGACAAAACUCGCCAUGCCUCCCCUAAGCCGACCCCGACGUUUCGCUUCUCCCUGGGCAGGAACAAGUGCUCUUCCCCAGCAGCUAGCGCUUCCUCCAAAGUCAGUGUGUCAUUCUCUUUCGCCAAGAAAACUCCUGUCAAGUUGGAGACGGCGGCGGCGGCGUUCGCCGACCAUGGUGAAGAGGCUGUGGAGGGAGAGGAGGAGGGCCAGGAGGGAGAAAGGCCCGCAGCACAAGAUGAAGCAUCCGCCUGCGAUGCCGACAGCCCUAGAGGAGGAUCGCGUGGAAGUGAUGGAGGGGAGUCCAAUAGUGCAGCCAUGACGGAGGAGGUGCCGCCACCACCACCGCAGCAGCAACAACAACAACAGAACGAUGGAAGCUCCUUGGCCUCCACUCUGAACAAACUAAAAAUGAUGAUGAAGAAGGAGGAGGGAUACAAGGGACAAGAGCCUCAGUACUACCACUACAUGCCUCCAUCCCACUGUCGAGUGAAGCCCCAUUUCCAGUUCCUGCUCUUCAUGAGGGCAAUAGAUCAGACUCAAAUCAAAGAGGAUGAAGAGGAGGACGAGGUGCAGGAGGAGAAGGUGCAGGAGGAGAAGGUGCAGGAGGAGAAGGUGCAGGAGGAGAAGAAGCUUCAGGACAGCUCUCAGCAGACUGAGUCCAACGUCCCCAAGUGUAAUAAUGACAAAGAUGAUGGAACCACCACCUCAACCCCUGAUCCUCCGCAGCAGACUCCACCGCCCCCUAAACUGAAGGAAGAGGACAAUGCUUUAUGCUCAGUGGAAACAACUCCUGAAGUUCCUGCUCCUCCUACAGAGAAAGCAGAAACUCCACAAGAGCCUUCGGACUCUAACUCGGGUCCUAAAAUCCCUACAGGUCCCUUUUUCCCUGUGUUGAGCAAAAACGAGAGCACCACCCUGCAGUGGCCCUCCGAGCUCUUGGAGUUCACCAAAGCACAACCCUCGUUGUCUUACAGCUGCAACCCGCUCUACUUUGACUUCAAGCUGUCUCGCAACAAAGGCCCGCGUGCUAGAAAAGCGGCAAAGUCUCCAAAGAUUUGUGAGCAGCCCGACAAGAACAAGGAGAAGGAGAAGGAAAAGGUGGAGCCCGCUAUAACGGAGCCAGCCGCUAAAGCUGAGCUCAGCGUCAACAACGACGAGGCCGGGGUGAAGGCUGCGGUGAAGGCCGAGUGUGGCCCCUCUGAAGGCGAUGAUCAAAAGGCGGUGACCAACAGCGGCGGCACCAAGAAGAAGAAGAAAAAGAAGAAGCACAAGAAGUCCACAAAGCAUUCAAAGCGCAAAACAAAAGACAAAGAGGCAGCAGAAGACGGUGAGGGUGAAAAGGACCCCACUCAAGAGACGCCCAAGAAGAAGAAAAAGCACAAAAAAAAGAAGAGCAAAAACAAGGCUGCCGAUCAGGAAGAGAAGGCAUGUGAUGAGAAGGAGAAAACCAAAGCAAAGUGCGAAGAUAAGUUGGAUGUUUCCUCCACGAAGGCAGCAGAAGGAGGGGUUAGCGGUGUGAACAAGAGGAAGCGCAGUGUGAAGGAUCAGACCAGCAAGUCAGAAGUGGAGGAGGGCAGUAAGGGAAAAUGUCAAGAAAAAGCGCCUUCCUCCGAGGAGCACGGCCCUAAAAAGCGUCAAAAAACUAAGUCCAGCGCUCCUCAGAGCACCUCUUGUUCCACCUCAGCCCAGAAGAGUCCUGGUCCAGCCAGACCUCCCAGCAGCGAAAGCGAGGAGGAAGGGGCCUCCACCACCCAGCGCUCGCGCCACCACAAGUCGAGUCCUCGGGAGGAGCGGCGCCACCGCAGUGAGGAAUCGCAGCGCUCCGGCAGCCGCUCGUCAAGACACGGCAGCAGCCGUCGCCGGCACCAUUGCGGUAAAACCUCCAAGAGUCGCUCUUACUCCAGCAGUUCCGAGCGUUCCUCGGCCGGCAGCAGUGCCUACAGUCACAGAAGUCGCAGCUACUCGGACAGCUACAGCGACGACAGCGCCGAAGGGCGCAGGCGAAGGCGCUCUAAGCGCUCUUCGGAAUCUGAGUACGAGAGGCGAGGCAGUCGAGGCCACAGGCGGUCGAGGCGGCAUCAGUACUCUUCCUCCUCCUCCGACGAUUCACGGUCACGCUCGCGCAGCUACAGCCGCAGGAAGAGGCACCGGCGGCACCACCGCAGUACUUCCAGGAGCUCCAGCAGCUGGAGCCGCAGCACCAGCGCCCGAUCUUGGCGCCGUAGCUACAGCCGCAGCCGCAGCUCGGCCAGCCGCUCGUCCAGCUCCACCAAAGCCUCCCCGCAUCGGCGCGACAACCGAGGCCGAGGGGUCAGCGAGGCCAACCGCAGAGACUUUAACCGCUCCAGCAUUUAUCGAUCUCAGUCUCCUCGCUCCAGCUCGCGCAGCCUUAAUCGCAGUGCCACGGGCUCGCUGGCGCAGAGGCUGGGCGGGUCUCGGGAUGCUGGCGAGCACAAAAACUCUCUCACGGCGCGACAGCUCCUGGAGAAGAUUCAGGCAAAAAAGAAUUCCAGCAAUCCUGUCACAGGAACCAAAUCUGGAUUGAAGAUUAAGGAUCCUCCACAGGGAUACUUUGGUCCCAAACUUCCCCCGAUAGGAAACAAAAGCAUCCUACCACUUUUUGGCAAACUUCAAGCCGGGAAGAAAACGCCUUUCAUCCCUCUGACCAGACCUGACGAGGGCGACAAAUCAAGAGCGGGGAAGAGCUCGGACGCAGAUAGAGAAGUUAUCCUGGUGGAGCCCAUUCGAGAGUUCCCGCCCCCGCCCCCGCCUCCAGCUCCACCAGUGCAAAAAGUGGAGGAGACGGUGGUCCAAGAGAUGACCACAGAAGGUCAGGUGGUCCAAGAACCACACCUGCUGUUAGAGCAGGAGUCCACUAUCUUGAUGCCUCAGUAUCAGGGGGACUCAGAACAGGACCCCUCGCAGAACCCCAUGCUGGAGCCCCUCAUGCCGGACCAGCAGCCCCCCAUGCACGGCUAUCCCGUCUACCCCCCGCAGAGUCUGGAGGAGGACGGCAUGGAGGCGGAGGAGGACGGCUUGGCUCCUCUGGAGAGUCAGCCCAUCACCUUCACGCCAGAGGAGAUGGAGAAGUACAGCAAGCUGCAGCAAGCGGCGCAGCAGCACAUCCAGCAGCAGCUGCUGGCCAAACAGGUCAAGAACUUCCCCUCAGCUGCCGUGGCCGCCGCCGCCGCCAACCUGAGCCAGGCCCAGGCGCCGCCCGCCCUGCAGCAGAUCCACAUCCACCAGCCUGCCGUGACAAUGGGGUCCGGCACGUCCCUCGCCUCUGUACAGCAUGCCCUCCUGCAGCACCACGCCGCCACCAUGGGCAUCCACCCGGCGCACCACCCGCACUCGGCCCACACGCAGCUGGCCCAAGUGCACCACAUCCCUCAGCACCACCUCACCCCCAUCUCCUUGUCUCACUUAGGCCACACCCUCGGACACUCGCUCGGACACUCUUUGGGACACGCCGGGCUUAUCCCCGCCCAUCCGACCGCCUUCCUAUCCGGUCAGCCCAUUCACAUCAUCCCGGCCUCUGCGCUCCACCACACCCAGCUGGCUCUGCACCACGUCCCCCACGCGGCCCUCUACCCCACCCUCUUCGCGCAGAGGCCCUCGCAGGCUGCGGCCGCAGCGGCGGCGCUCCAGCUCCACCCCCUCCUUCACCCAAUCUUCUCAGGGCAGGACCUCCAACACCCGCCUAACCACGGCUCCUGAGCACAUCUGAAGGUGUUUAACUCCAAUUGGACACUUUUUAUUCCUCUCAUUUGAGGGGACUCUCCAGACACUGGCUUUUUUUCCACGGGGUAAGUAACCCAGAAUUUUUUUUUUUAAAUCUUAUUUUGACCACUGGACUUUUUUUGUUCUUCAUUUCCACAUUUUAUUUCUUAGUUUGCUCAUUGAUGCAGUCAGUGACAAACACAAAUAUUACAGAAGGAUUAAAAACACUAUUUUAUACUACAUAUUACCAACACAAUACUUAAUUACUCUAAUAUGACUACUUGCUCUAUAUCAUAUCCUCAUUUAUUUCUAAUGCAGUAACGUGUACAAAUAUCCAUGUGCAGGUUAUCAAGGCAUUCAUUCACAUACGCCCUCACAUUUUUAUUCUCUUUUGCAAAGUUGCAAAUAUUUUUUGUUGUUUGUGUUUGCUCACGUUCCCCCGUGAGGGCAAAACCGAAUGAAUUGCACUGAACCCUUGCUCAAAGAUGAUGCGUUUUGCGUCGUUUAAGAUUGUAGUAUACUGCAAUAAUUGUAUUUUUCCGUUUUUAAAUUAUUUUCCAAGAAGGUUUGUUGUUUUUUGUGUUUGCUUUUGUGUAAUUUUUUUGUAAAUAAUAAAAAUGCUGUAGAUGAACCUUAA